AGUCAGUCUCCCUCCAGGUCAACGCCGCACUCGGCCAUUUCAGCUUCCUCCCAAACUUCGUCCCCAAUCAAUAUCGCGUCAUUGAUACGCAUUUGAGCUUCCAACUCAUACGGAGCCUGUACGUUCCAGCAUAUUCACGCCGUUCCAACAAUGGCAAUCAAGACACUCGGUGCGAAGGCAGCGGCGGCCUUGGACCAGGAGCUGAUGAGCACUUGCGCUUUUUCCAUUGAUCAGCUCAUGGAACUGGCGGGACUCUCUGUUUCACAGGCAGUUUAUCGCGUCCACCCGCUUAACAAGGGGCGACGAGUCCUUGUGGCCUGUGGACCGGGGAACAACGGCGGCGAUGGCCUUGUCGCGGCCCGCCAUCUCUUCUAUUACGGCUACCAACCCUCCAUCUUCUACCCCAAGCGGAGCAAGAACGAACUGUACCAACGUCUAGCGAAGCAGCUUGAAGACCUCGAGGUCCCUUUCGUCGAUGACUUUCAGAUGGCGCUGGGACAGACCGAUCAUAUUGUCGAUGCCAUAUUCGGUUGGUUUUUCCCCACGGCGAAGCCCCAGCCCACUGACCCCACGGGCCAGGUUUCAGCUUUUCUGGAGAGGUUCGGGAGCCGUUUCCUGCGGUGAUCAAGGCUCUGCAAGAGACGCAGCUUUCCGUCACGUCCGUCGACGCCCCGUCGUCCUGGGACAUCGAAAAUGGCCCACCCAGCUCCGGCCUGGGCAGCGCUUUCAUGCCUACCACGCUCGUUAGCCUGACCGCUCCAAAGCCGCUCGUUAAGCACUUCAAGGGUCGCCAUUUCAUUGGUGGCCGGUACGCGUCUCCUUGCCACACGUCGACUUUGGACUAACCUCGUG